AUGUUCCGACCAACUCUCUUCUCUCUUUUCCUAGGCGCCCAGCUCGCCACCGCCGGCGGGCUUCCCGAAUGCGCCCCGGUCGUACUGGAGCACAUUUGCCCCGGCGCGCCCGUCCCGGGUAGCAGAGCGGCCAUCCCGGGCGGUGACGCGACGCCCCAGGGCGGCCUGCCGGCGAGCCGGGACCGCCAAAUUGUCUACGUCAACCCCUUGGAGGGCCCGCCGUCCCAGGCGCCGGACAGGCUACCGGCGACGUGGGAGGAAUGGGGCUUCGUACCUACCCUCGUGUACCCGGCUUCGGUUCCGGCACCCGGCCACGCCGGGGACGGUGAUCACGGGCCCGGUCACGGAGGGUCGCGGCCCUUGGGACCGGGCAACGACGGGGGUAGCGAUGAUCAGGGUCACCACAGAGGCGGCGGCCACGGUCCUGGUCCUCACCCUCCGGGCCCUUUCCCGUUUCGCCCCCACAAGCCCGAGUCGAAGACGUCGAAAAGCUUGAGCCUUAGCACCAAAGUUCGACCGACUUCUACUAGGUCGUCCACGUCCACAGACGAACCCUCUUCCUCGGGAACUCCAAGGCCAUCCUUUUCAUCUACCGAGACCUCUGCAUCCACUGACACCUCUACAUCUACGGUGGAGGAGGCUACGACUACGGUACCUAUCAAUGCAACUUACAACACUCCACCCCCACCACUGAGGCGGGCACUACGACUACCAGCACUCUACGACUGA